UUUAUUUUGAAAACUUUGUACCGGAAGUUAUGGUUUUGCUCUGAUUAGCAUGACACCGGUGAGGUGAGCAGGCAGAAAACCACGCUGAGGGAAUUUUGUAGAACCACAGAAUGGAGGUAUCAAGGAGAAGAGUCCUCCAGAAACACCUGGAGCCUGCGAGACCCCUGCGUCGUUCCAUCCAUAUUGACAUUGAGCCCAGAGUAAAUGCUGCUACAUGUGCACAGGCACUAAUGGAAGAAGUGGAUCGAGAGACAAACAUUGACAUAGAGCAGUUCUACAAGAUUGUCAACCUCCACAAGCAGAAAGAAGGCAGAAUAUCUUACACAAGAGAUUUUUUAAUUGGUCUUGCAAGUUGUCCUGAGGCCAGGAAGAAGCCGGAAUUCUUGCCAGAGCACCCCAUAGUCUUACCUGAGGCAAGAGACCCCAUGGACCUAAGGCUUCAUGAAAUGAGGUGGAAUGGAGGAAAAGGGGAAAUGGCAGCAGAAAGGCUUCACUCACCUUAAGAAUUUUGCACAGGUGUUCACUGUUUACCCCGAAGAGUGUUUCUGUUUUUUCUUAUUGCUUUUUUUUUUUUUUUUUGAAUUUUAUUUAACUCAUGACAUUUUAUAUUGCAUGUUUAUUAUUUAAUAAUUAUUUGAGGUGAAAUUGCAUAAUACUAAACACCACUUAAUUUGCUAAGUAUGAGUAUUGCAUUUUUGCUUACAUUUUCUGCUGUGUAUGAUUUUGGUUACACUGAAGUAUUUAUAUUGUAUAAAAAAUGUUCUAAACAAAGAUAUUAAUAGCUACUUUUCAAGAAAUGAGGGGGAAACAUGGAGAUUCAUCACCACUCAUCAUACUAGAGUCAUUAAACUACCCCACCCUAAAGUGACAGUGAUCAAAAUGAUGUUUGUCAUCGGCUGUAUUAGCUGGGAUUACAUCAGCAUUGUGAUUUAUCGUGUUUUACUAAACAGGAUAAUUUCUUUUCUCAUAAAGGACAGUUUGACUCUGCA